AUGUCUUCUUGUGUUAGUUGUGAUGAGAACUCUGUCAGUACUGCAGGAGCAUCUUCUUGCACUGCUUGUAAUGCUGGAACUGUAGCUAAUGAUGAUUCGACAAAAUGUGAUGAAUGUGCAGCGGGAACAUACAGAGACGCACACAUGUCUUCCUGUGAUAGUUGUGAUGAGAAUACUGUCAGUACUGCAGGAGCAUCUUCUUGCACUGCUUGUAAUGCUGGAACUGUAGCUAAUGAUGAUUUGACAGAAUGUGUUAACUGCAAGCGAGGAACAUACAGAUCAAGUAGCAUGGUGUCAUGUGAACCCUGUCCGGGCAAUGUGUACGAACAGGAGAAGGCAACCCAGUGCAAAGUUAUUGCAAAGGUUACAGUUAAAGUUUCAGAGUGUGAAACUAGAAUUGAAACCAGUGUGGUCUAUGGAACGUACACUUGGACAGCUACAGAUCCAGAAAUACACGCAGAACUGCCAUGUUUAUAUGAUGGUAAGUUUAAAGCUCGCAAGUUCUGCACUGCAAGUGGAUUAUUCAGUGAGACAGACUUUUCAGAGUGCCCUUCUGCUGUUUCAACAAUAGUCAGUGACCUGUUGCAGGAAAUUGAGACUGGGUCUUCCGAAACCCAAGAAGAAAUGUCUGAUGAGAUGAAGGACAUGACGGCUGUUGAAGGGAGUAAGCUGAGUUCUUCCGAUGUACAAAAAGUUUCCCUGAGUAUAGACACAUUGAUAAAUCUACCUGACUCUGAGCUAUCAAACAAUACUGUUGACAAUCUCAUAUCUACGAUAGAUAACAUUCAGACUAACACUGAUGUGACAGAACUGCAAGACCAACAAGCCAGCGAUGAACUGAGAGAAUCUGCAGUUGCAAUUAUUCGUGCAGUUGCCCUUCAGAAUAAUAAUGAUGUGCUCAAAACAGAAGAUUCGAUAGCGCUUGGUAUAGCAGCUGUGGAAACCACAGACACGUCAAGGAUGAAACAAAUGCUGACUCUGGCAGGAGAUUUGAAUGUAGUUAAGGGGAGCACAAACCAUAAAGAUGAUGCAAAAACUUUCUUCACGGGCGAGCUUACAACGACAAAGGACGAGGUGCUUACUGUGGUAUACUAUGAGAACGAUAAGUCAUUCCCAUCCAAAACUACCUCUCCAAAGUCCACAGAUGAGAACAUGUUGUUAAAAGAAGUUGCCCAUUCGAUAGUUCAAGUUGGCGUGGAUAAGAAAGAAGGCGAUGCAAGUACACCAGAUGGGCUUUCGUUGGUGGCGAGUGUUAUUGCAGACAUCAACAUAAUAAGCAAGACCUCCUCCGAAAUACUACCGCUGGAAGCACACCAAAAUGUCACCAUGACAUUUAAAGUAACGGAUAAAGCCGAGAAAAAGGUGCUCAGCUUCUCUAAAAGGAAGACCAUUGUUAGACAGAAGCUGACUUGUAGUUUCUACAACACUUCUCAUACUGGUGAGCGAGGCUGGAGCGAGAAGGGCUGUGAGACCCGAUCAGUCUUCAACGCAGAGACAGGAGUUACCGAAGUGAAAUGUAUUUGUGAUCAUCUCACUAGCUUUGCAGUUCUCAUGUCGUUCACCAGCGAGAGUAAUGACAAGGAGGAGCUUGUGUCACUAGUUCUGCUGGCGUCUAGUCUCUUCUGUUUAGCACUUACUGCAGCUGCUAUUCUUCCAAACAAGAAAUUGAUGAAAAUGAAGUCCCAGAAAAUCAACCUGAUGCUGGUUCUGGCUCUAAUGCUCUCUAUUGUGUUCUUCUUUUUAAUGGAUAGUUUUGUAGCUGCUGAAGAGGAAGCAAAACCUUCCAUUCCUUGUUCCAUUAUAGCGUUCCUGUUGAACUACUUCUGGCUUUGCCAACUGAGCUGGAUGGUGGUGGAAGCAGUUACCAUGUACUUAGCCAUGGUUAAAGUACUAGGGGUCUACAUGAGCCACGCAAUGCUGAAGUACAGUUUGGUAGGAUGGGGUCUCCCAAUCAUUUUCCCUCUGAUCGGGGUGGCUUGGGGUGGAGCUGACUUUGCAGAUCCUAAGACGUGCUUUAUCAAAUACCCCUACGGUAUUGCAACGUUCUACGGUCCAGUGGUACUAGGGGUGGUCAUUAGUUGGGUCUUAUUUGUCUUCAUAGUCAAAGUUAUUAUGACUGCUAUCAAGACCCAAGCUGAGAAAACGGACGAAGCUGAAAUCAAAAUGAGAACGGUUAGUGGCUACGGGAUAGAUCCUGAUAUUUGA